AGCAAGGUGUGGUUUCAGUCCAAAAAGCAGUUCGCUUCCGUCUAUUCACAGAACACCAUUAUCUGCGCAACAGGAGACGGGGCGAAGGAAAGCGCACGGUUUGUCCGCUCUCCGGACAGCUAGAGCCGAAACAACCGGGGAAAUUAACUAAAUACACCGUAUUUCAACAGGGGAGGGGAAAAAAUCCUAACUACGAGCAACAUGAAUCAAUAUGGCUCUGAGCCUAACCUGGCAGGACAGAGGAGUAACUCCCAACAGAACUUAUACUUCAGUGGAAACGGCUACCAGACGGAGUUCCAGCAAAGGGACCCUGGAUACCAAACCUACAGCAGGUCGUCCAUGCACGGCGGCGGCGGCCGCAGCAUGAAGAUCGUGACUACCGGCGGUGGCAUUGGAAGUGGAGCACAGACUGUGCAAAGUAUUCAUCAAGCAGCUGAUUUCCUGUCAAACCAAUCUAUUGCAUUUUUGGAGAAAGCAAAUAAGGUCAUCGACAUUGGAGCCCCACCAGCUGAAGCAGAGAUGUACCUGCUCAAGACUGCAGAAAAUAUUGAGAAGCUGAAGGGCUGUGGCCGAGAGUUGCAAGAAAUGCGUAUACCAUCUGAUAUUGGACAAACUAUUGAUUAUUUACAACAACAGCAUUCUAUGCUCAGACACAAACUUGGUGGGUAUGGGACUCUGAAAAGUCACAAGGUCAGUGUGAGCAGUGGAGGUAGUGUGGGGAGUGGUGGCGGGCGAUACUUCAAUGACGCCAUUGCUUGGAUAACACAACAGAAGCGCAUGAUUGAGACAGCUCCAUUCGGAGAUGACGCCAGCACCAUAGAAAACCAAAUAGUAUCCCACAGCAAAGUCCACAGCUCCAUCCAAACAAACCUAGAAGUAAGGCGUGCCAGAGACGAGCUGAUGUCAGUGGGCAAUAAGUAUCACCUCAACAUCCUGGAACAAGAAAUGGAUGCCCUCCAGAAAAUGUCCAACAGUCGCAUCAGUCAACUCCGUGACCUUCAGAGCAUCAUCGUGGACGUCUCUCAAGCCAUCAUGUGGGUUAAUGGAAGAGAGGAGGAGGAGCUAAUGUUUGACUGGGGAGACAAAAACAUCGACCAGUACAUACCCAAGAAGCAGGAGAGCUACUCUAAACUGAUGAGUGAAUUGGAGGAGAAGGAGAAGGAGUUAAACAGGCUGAAGACGAAAUCUGAUGUCCUCUUGAAUAACAACCACCCAGCCAAAGACAAGAUCGAGGCCUACGUGGACACCCUACAGACACAGUGGAGCUGGCUUCUCCAGAUCACAAAGUGCAUCCAAGUUCAUCUUAAGGAAAAUUCUGCCUACAGCCAAUUUUUCAAGGAGGCCAAUGAAACGUAUGCAAAGCUUCAGAAGCAACAUGACAUCAUCAAGAGCAAAUUCAUAUGUGACAAGAAUACCCGUGUGGAGAACCUUGUCGAACUCCUGAAAAAUCUGGAGAGAGAGAAAGAGAGGAUCAUGGAGAAUAAGAGGCAGGUCCAGAGUCUGGUUACCAAGUCGCAGUCCAUUGUCAGGCUGAAGCCUCGAAAUCCCGAGGAGAAAAGCACCACCCCCGUCAUGGUUCAGGCCUUAUGUGACUUUAAGCAGGACCAGAAAAGUAUAUUGAAAGACAACCAGGGCAUCCUGAAGGACAACUCUCAGCGCAGCAAGUGGCUUGUGACAGGACCUGGAGGUCUUGACAUGUGGAUUCCCUCUGUGUGCCUGCUCAUCCCACCGCCAAAUCCUCUCAGCAUCGGAAUUGCUAAAAAAAAUGAGCAGUACUAUGAAGCCAUCAUGGGCCUGUGGAAUCAGCUCUUCAUCAACAUCAAGAGUCUCAUCUCCUGGCAGUACUGUAUCAGAGAUGUCAACUUCAUCAACUCCCUCACCAUCAGCAUGCUGUCGAAGAUGCGUCCCGACGAAUACCGCGAGUUGAUCAAAAAUAUGGAGAUCCAUUACCAGGAGUUCAUGCGUAACAGCCAGGGUUCUGAAAUGUUUGGAGAAGAGGAUAGGAAGACCAUACAGGGCCACUUUAACAAGGCUCAAGAGCACUACGAUACUCUGAUUGUCCAGCUUCCCAAUUACAGGGAAGAAGAGAUAAAGACUGAAGAGAUUGAAGUCCAACAGCAACUGCAACAGCAAGUGCAACAGCAACAGCAAGUGCAACAGCAACAGCAACUGCAACAGCAACAGCAACAAUACCAAGCCCCCAUUAAACAACCGACCAAAACCAACACUGUCAUCAGCCUUUCGCUGCUUAGCAAUCUGCAACAAAUCCGUCGCAGGCUGGAAAUGGCUGAAUCUGACCUCACUGACCAUCUCCAUAUCCCACUUGGAGAAAACGGUGUGCAUGAGUGCUCAGUGCACAUUCAGAAGCUACACGGCGUGAACCAAGACCUGGAUUCAAUUUACAAUGAGUAUCUGCACCUAAGAGAAAUGAUCACAAAGCAGCUAACUGGGCUCCCUGCAGACUCAGAGCAGGCCAAGUUCCUCCGUUCCGAACUGGAGAUAGUCAACCACAAAUUGGGAGAACUGCAGCAUCUUAACAAAGUCUACCUUGACAAAUUGAAAGCGCUCAAGGACCUGCAACAAAAUUUUCUCCAGGCUGAGGAUUUUAUUAAAGUUCACGAGAUCCGCCUGAUGGAGAAGGAGACCAGCUCCGAUGACCCUCAAGAACUGGAAAUCCAUCGGAGUGCUUUAAGGAGCAUGAAGACUGAACUUGAUCAAAGACGGGAUCUGCUGACUUCCAUGGAGUCUCACCUGGCCAAAGCGCAGUACUGCAACGACCAGAUUUCCGAUUCUUUCCACAAAUGUGAUGUGGAUUUGUCCAAGUACUCUGAGCUUAUGAACCAGCUGUCCAGUCGCUGGCGUCAAAUCCAAAAGCAGAUUGAUAUCAGACUAUCGGACCUGGAACAACAAAAGCAGCAGUUAACACAGUAUCAGCAGGGAAGAAAUUUGAUGGAGCAGUGGAUAGACAAUACCAGGAAACGGCAGGAGACCCUUAAGAUGGCCAACAUCACUGACAGGCAGACUCUCACGGACCACAUCAACCAACAAAAGACUCUUCACAAUGAAAUCAAAAACAGGAAGGACAGACUGGAUGAUGUGCUGAGGAAUGCGGACACCUGUGCUACAUCCAUAAAGAAUUACGAGCUGGAGCUGGCUUCUUACAGCUCAGGACUGGGAACCUUGCUUAAUGUCCCAGUGAAGAGAACUUUGCUUCAGUCCCCUGCAUCUUCUGUCAGAAGAGAAGCAGGUGAACUUCAGACACAUUACAUCGAGCUGCUUACCCGCUCCAGCGAUUAUUACAAGUUCCUGGGUGACUUGGGGAAGAACAUAGAUGAGCUGAAGCUAAGAAACACCAGGAUUGAGUUGCUAGAGGAGCAACUGAGGCGUCUACAGGAUGAACUUGAAGAUCAAAAACAAAAAAAUGGUUCAUUGGAGGGUAUCUUGUCCAACUGCAAGAUGGAGCUCAGUCAGGCUAAAGAUGAGCUCAUUUCAGUGCAAGAAGUGAAGAGAACCACAGUAAUGCAGGUUAACGCUGCUAAAGAGAGCCUUGAUAGCACACAAGGCCAGAUGCAACUUGUAGCUGAAGAACUAAGCCGCGUUAAAUAUCAGCUUGAGGAGGAAAAGAGGAAAAGAAUGCUUGCAGAAGAGCGCUUCAUAAGCCACCAACAAGAGUGUGAUGCAUCAACUCGCUCCAGGAUGCAGGAACUGGAUGCCAUCAACUGGACAAAGAUAAACCUGGAGAAGUCGGUGAAGGAUAAAGAACAUGAAAUUGAGAGAUUGAGGAUGCAACUGGAGGAGGAAGAAAGGCGUCGUCAAAAAGUCGAGUCAGAUAUAUCAAAGGUAAGAACACAGUGCACCCAGGAGAUCAGUCAACUCAAACAGACAUAUGAGACAGAGAUCCAAGUCAGCAAGACCACCAUUCUGAAAGUGUCCCAGCAGAAAGAUGAGGAUGCAUCACAGUUGAGGCUGCAAGUUGACCGGCUCAUGGACGAGAAGAGAAAUCUGGAAGAGGAGCUCAGGAGGCUGAGGCAGUCCAUUGCUGUCAUUGAAAUGCACAAAAGCAAGGCAGAGCAGGAAGCCAGCCAGCAGAUGGCCUCAGUGAAUGAAGCGACAAGGAUUCGCACUAAUUUGGAGCUGCAGUUGAGAACGCUCCAGCAGCAGAGAGAUGAAGAAAACCUGAAAUUACAGGAAUCCAACAGAAACAGUCAGGAGAAAUCCAGGCAAAUCAGUGAGCUAACAAUUAGCCUGCAAGAAGAGGAGAAAAAGAGGAGAGCUCUAGAACUGGAGUUCGGUCAGCUGAAGAAAGCCAAAGCAGAACUUGUGGCAAAGAACAGUGCUUACCUUGAGACAAUUAACACACUUAAAGGGGCUGAGCAGGAAAUCCACAUCACCCGAGUGGAGUUGGAAAAGCAGACCAGUGAGAAAACUAAGGCAGAGCAGAGUUCUGCCAGGCUUCAGAGUCGUAUCAGGGAACUUCAGGGCUCUCUGGAUGGGUUGGAAGCUGAGCUGGAAAAGCAAAAGAAUCAGACCCAAGAGGAGUUCACUCGUCGUAAGAGAAUGGAGGCGGAGUUAGAGAGGAUGACACGUACGUGCAGAGAGCAUACCACUACAAUCAACUCACUGAAAUCUGUUCAGAUAGAGGUCACAAACACUGGGAGAAAGUAUGAGCAAGAUAUCAAGGCUCUCCAAGAGAAACUGGACAGGAGCUUAAGGGAUUGCAAAGUCACCAAAGAAGAACUGACAGCGGUGACGAAUGAACUCAAAAUACUAAAACAAAAACUCCAGCAAGAGCAGGUGCGAGUUCAUGAGCUCAACCAGCGCAACGAAAGCUUGUACAAAACCAUAGAAGAGAAGAGCCGCCAGCUCAACGAAUACACCACAGAGAUGGAAAAGCUGAAGACUCUGACACAGAACCUUACCAAAGAGAGACUAAGGUUGGAGGAAGAGCUGAGGGCAGUACGACAAGAGAGAGAUGAACUGAAGAUUAGCAAAGGUGCUAUUGAUGCAGAAAGUGCCACUCAAAUCUCAGCUUUGAAUGUCCAGCUUCAAACGAGCUCCAAGAGGACAUCCGAGCUCCAGUUUCUCAUCAGUGACCUGACCAAGGAGAGAGAAAAGCUUAAAAUGGAAAUAGAAAAAUUCCAAAAGCAGUCAAUUGAGACCUCCAAGUUGGCACAUGACUCCCAAAGCAAAUAUACUGACCUGGUGCUGGAGAGGGACAGCUUGCUCUCCAAGCUUAAAAUGCUGGAGCAGGACAAGAACCGUAAUCAGAGAUUAGAAGAGGAGCUUGGCCGCCUCAAGUUCUCUCUGGAGACCGAGCUUCGCAACAAACAGCAUUUGCAAGCUGAAAGAGAUUCUAUCCAUAAAGAAUUGACCUCUAUGAAGAGCCAGUAUGACUCCAGAGAAUUCCAGAUUAGACAGUGCGAGUCAGACAAGGGCAAGGCUGACCGAGAGAGGCUAUCCCUUAACAGUGAGAUUGAGAGGCUGAAGAGGGAGUUGUACACUUUGGAGGAAACAUAUAAGAGACGUCUCGGGAUCUCAGAAAAGGAGGCAUCUGAUCUGGCUCUGAAGAGAGAUGCCCUAGAGAGAGAAAUUCUUAGACUGAAGAGACCACCUUCGUUUAGCAUUCAGACCCAGACAGAUGAGAAAGUCAUGACAAUUGAUCCAUCAAAGCUUGUGUUCAAUGGUGUGCACCGAAAAGUCACAGCCCACCAGCUUUGUGACUGUGGUAUAAUCAGCAAAGCUACCUUGGAAAUGCUGUUAAAGGGCAAAAAGACAGUGGAGGAAGUAGCUGUGGACAUCCAGGUUAAUUUAAAGGGCACUGGCAUUAUAUCUGGGAUGAAGACAGGUUCACAGGGAAAAAUGCCUUUCACCGAAGCCAAACACAAGAAACUCCUCAGCCCAGAGAGUGCCAUCAUGCUGUUGGAAGCUCAAGCAGCAACAGGCUACAUUCUGGACCCUGCAUUUAAUGAGAGGAUGCCAGUAGAUACUGCCUGUUCAAGAGGGAUUGUAGACACAGAAGACAGAGAUGUUUUAUUGAAAGCUGAAGCUGCCAGCACAGGGUUCAAGGAUCCAUACACCGGCAAGGUGCUGUCUGUGGGACAGGCUUACAAAAAAGGUCAUGUUGACAAAGAAACUGCCAUCCGGUUGCUCCAGGCUCAGGAGUCUGUUGGGGGCAUAAUAGACCCCGUGCUGAGUGUAUAUCUUCCAAAAGAUCUGGCCUUGGAUCGUAAUCUCAUAGAUGAUGAUCUUUACAGGGCUUUGAAUAAAAAGCCUGCCUCCUACCUGGACCCAGCGACAGGAGGGAAGAUCACAUAUACUGACCUUAGAAGGAAGUGCACAGUCGAACCAGUGUCUGGUUUGCUCCUGCUCCAAGGUCCAGAAAAGCCCAUGACAGUUAAGGGUAUCCGUGGGGAUGUCUCUGUCACAGAACUAGUUAAGUCUGAGCUGCUGAAUGAAACUGACGUGCAAAAGCUCAACCAGGGUUCGCUCACUGCAAAAGACAUUGAAGACAAGCUAAAGUCAUAUCUCUUUGGCUCCACUUGUAUCGCAGGUAUCUAUGAUGAGGUCAAUGACAGGAUAAUGCCUUUCUAUCAGGCAAUGAAGGAAGGACUGUUAAUGAGAGGAACCACCCUGGAGCUUCUUGAAGCACAAGCUGCAUCAGGCUUCAUUGUUGAUCCAGUUAACAAUGUUUUCCUGACAGUAGAAGAAGCCACCAAAAGAGGCAUUGUAGGGAAGGAGUUCAAGAGUAAGCUCAUGUCGGCAGAAAGGGCAGUAACUGGAUACACAGACCCAACAACAGGCAAGACAAUCUCUCUCUUCCAGGCUAUCGCAAAAGAUCUUAUUGAGAAAGGUCAUGGGAUCCGGCUGCUUGAGGCCCAAAUUGCCAGUGGUGGAAUUAUUGACCCUGUCGAGAGCCACCGCAUUGAAGUUUCUGUUGCCUAUAAAAGAGGAUAUUUUGAUGAGGAGAUGAAAGAGAUCUUAAGCUACGAAGGAGAUGACACAAAAGGGUUCUUUGACCCAAAUACCAAGGAGAACCUGACAUAUCUUCAACUGAAGGAGAGAUGCAUCACAGAUAAAAAAACAGGGCUAAUACUUCUGCCCCUCAAAGACAAGAAAAAGGCUCAACAGUCUAAAGAAAGUCGCACCAAUGUGCUCCGCAAAAGGCGUGUUGUAAUUGUUGACCCUGACACAGGGCUGGAGAUGUCAGUCAGGGAGGCCUACCAUAAGGAUCUAAUUGACUAUGAAACGUUCCUGGACUUGUCAGAGCAAGAAUGUGAGUGGGAGGAAAUCACCAUCAGAGGAUCAGACGGCUCAGCACGUUUGGUUAUUGUGGAUAGAAAAACUGGAACUCAGUAUGACAUUCAAGAGUGCAUAGACAAUGCUGUCAUUGACCAAAAGACGUUAGAUGAGUACCGUGCCGGAUCAAUAACCUUGACCGAGUUUGCUGACAAAAUUACCAGCAGAACCAACAGCACUGAGAUGACUAUUGCAGCCAGCAGUGUUGAUGACAUGGUCACGUGCAGCAGCCCCACCCAAGCCACACCAUCUUCACCUACUGUUCGUAAACGCCUCAGCAGCAUUUCAAUUACAGUCUCUCCCCCAGGAAUGUUUGAUGACCAAAGUCCUGUAGCAGCCAUAUUUGACACAGAGACUUUAGAGAAAGUAACUGUUACCGAGGGGCUCAAAAGAGGCAUCAUUGACACCCUUACAGCACAAAGACUGCUGGAAGCUCAGGCUUGCACUGGUGGGAUCAUCAACCCUGCAACCGGUGACCGUCUGUCACUUGAAGAUGCCUUCCAUCAGAGUAUCAUUGAUGACUCCAUGGUUAGUAAACUCAAAGCUUCUCAGAAAGCCUACAUUGGUUUUGAGGAUGUGAAAACCAAACGAAAGCUCUCUGCAGCUCAGGCCGUAAAGGAGAACUGGCUACCCUACGAGGCGGGCCAAAGGUUUUUGGAGUUUCAGUAUUUGACAGGGGGUCUAAUAGAACCACACACAGGACGUCGUAUCAGCAUUGAAGAGGCCAUCCGGAAAGGCUGGCUAGAUGGUAAAGGGGCACAGAAGUUGCAAGACACUCGCAACUAUCAGAAGAAUUUGACUUGUCCAAAGACGAAGCUGAAGAUCUCCUACAAAGAAGCCAUGGACAGCUGCAUGGUGGAAGAAAGCAAUGGAAUGAAGAUGCUGCAGGCCUCUUCUGUGUCCACCAAAGGAAUAAGCAGCCCUUACAAUGUCUCCAACCCAGGAUCUCGCUCUGGUUCCAGGGCUGGAUCUCGCACUGGCUCAAGGAGUGGAUCUCGUAGAGGGAGUGUCGAUUAUACCUCCAGUUACUCCUACAAUUACUCCUCCAGCACUACCGUCCUCAGUUGAAAUAUUAUCUCCUAAUGCAAAUAAAACAACUGCUUUAUA